GUCUCGGGGUGUGUCGGCCGCCGCUGCUGCUCAGGCCUGGUAUGUACAAAUGGCUGAUUAGGAUUCUCGGCACCAUUUUCCGUUUUUGUGAUCGGCCGGUGCCCCCUCCCCGGGCCCUCCUGAAGAGGCGGCGCUCUAACAGGUGAGACGAGAGGGUGCUGAGCCUUGGGCUGGCCUAGCUGUACCCCAACGCCUAUCCCGGGUUCCUCCGCCGGCAUAACGCUGAUCCAAUCAGGCAGGCCCUGCUCAGCCGAAACCGGUUUCUGGGCUGAGGCCGAAGAUGUGCGGAUCGCUGGUAUCCUAGUGAUGUAGCCGCCUCCCUCCACGCUGUGGGGAUGCAGCUCCUGAAGAAGGAAGCAGCUAGGGAAACAUUUAUCUUUGGAGUGACCGGAGAUGGUAGGAUCUUUGAUGUUCUUGUUAGAGUCCAAGCCGGUUGCUGCCCUUAGGUCUAAAAGUAAAAAUUUAAGUAAUACUGUCUUUGUUGUGGCUCACUGUUUACAAAGUACGUUACCAAGUGUCAUCUUGGCAAUAAUGGCAGUUAAAGAGAAGUCAGAUUCAUAGCUUGUCCAAAGCUAUUUUGAUUGCAAGCACUGUUCUCCUAGCACCAACAGACAGCAGCUGUUUUGUUCUGAAACAGCUGCCAGUGUGUGUUUGGAGCACUGGGGGAAUGGCUCUGGGCUUUAGAAUUAGCGUAUGAGAAAAAAAAAUUGUAGGUACCUCAUUCCUUUAAAAACAUCGCUGUGCUAUCAAGUUCAGUUAAAAUUUGGGGGAAACUAAAAGAUAUUCUUAAUUUUAGGAUCUAUCCCUUGGUUUGUCUUAUUUCCUGGUAUCAAUCCCUUCACCUAAGGAUUAAUCUAGAGAAUCAAAUACCGUACAAGUACUAUACAUCUCCCAACUUUAGUGUUCAACUGCUAAUUUCAUUUUUUUUUAAGCCUCAGGAUCAAGGAAUAUGGCAAAAAGGGUGGUUUCUGGGAGCUGAGAGAAGAUGAUGAUUAAUACACGAGUCUGAGAAUGCAGGUCAUUGAUGAAAUUGGUUGUUGGCUAAAUUCCAUCACAGGGCAUGAUUUCAACCUAUCUCUCCUUUCUACCUUUCUGCAGAGUUGACGUGAGGAUCAUUUAAGAUCUUAUUGUAAAGCACCUAACAUGAUGCUUAAUAUUUAUAAGGAUAAUGUUUGUUUAUCUCCAGGGCUUUGUGUAGUGUCUAGUUCAUGGUAGGCAUUUAGUACAUAUUUAUUGAAUAAGGGAAAGUUGAGUUAAUUCCCUCCCUCUUUCCCCUUUUCUCCUGUGAAUCCUUGCUAGUUAGGGGAACAGGGGUUUAGAGAGCAAAAUCGUUUCAUUACCAUACUUUCUUCACUUCCUUAAUCUAAAACAACAUUGCUCAAAUAAGCCAUUUUUCAGUAAAUGAAACCAUGUUGGGAUUUUAAAGUUAUGAACUGAAUGGUGUCCUCUUGGGAUCUCAUUCUGUUCUUUUUUUGAUAAAUAUGAUCAAAAAGGAUACAGGAAGAUGAUUGGUGGUAUGCCAUGAGCCUUUAACAUUCUUGAGAUGUAUGUCCAAAACUUUUCUCAGUUCACACAUUUUUUUUAUUACCACCAUAAUAUACUUUCCAUGGUGUAAAUGCAGUUAAAUAUAACACCUUCUCUGUGAAUAAGUAUCUUUUAAGGUUGCUUUUAUUCGUCACCUGACUUAGAAGUUAGUUUUCUUUGGGGUUCAUCUUUCAAAAGGAAAUUGUUCUUUUUAAAUAAUGUUAGCAAGAAAAAGAAAAUAGUAGGCCUAGGCUCUUACCUAGGUUCAUUUACUUGUGACUCUGUCCACUUGCAAGUUUGUGCCUCAGUCAGAUUACGGAUCUGUUACAUGAUAGGGAGUUUUGGAUCUCUCUCAAAUAGUUGAUUUCCAUAGUGUUAAAUCCUCAAAUGGUAAAGGUCUACUAUAGAGUAACAUUCUCUUUUAAAACAUGGGUUGGAUAUCAUCUUAUGACAACGUGAUAAGAAGAGGGUGUGUUGUAUGAAUAAUAAGUUUACUUAUAAAAAUGGAUGUUUAUAUAUAUGUAUUACACACACACACACAUUUAUGUAUUUAUUAUUUUCCCCUUUUCUCUCUUCCCUCAGCACUCUGUUUUCCACAGUGGACACUGAUGAAAUACCAGCCAAAAGACCAAGAUUAGAUUGCUUUAUUCACCAAGUGAAAAACAGUCUCUACAAUGCUGCCAGCUUAUUUGGCUUCCCAUUUCAGCUGACUACAAAGCCCAUGGUAACUUCUACUUGCAAUGGAACACGGAAUGUGGCCCCUUCAGGAGAGGUAUUUUCGAACUCUUCGUCUUGUGAACUGACAGGUUCUGGAUCCUGGAACAACAUGCUGAAACUGGGUAAUAAAUCUCCUAAUGGAAUAAGUGACUAUCCAAAAAUCAGAGUGACAGUAACCCGAGAUCAGCCACGUAAAGUCCUGCCUUCCUUUGGUUUUACCUUGAACUCAGAAGGCUAUAAUAGAAGACCAGGUGGCCGUCGCCAUAGCAAAGGCAGUCCAGAGAGUCCCUUAAUGUGGAAGCCUCAGGAACAGGUUGUAACAGAGAUGGUUUCUGAAGAGGGUGGCAAGGGUCUGAGGCGGCCCCAUGGUACUGUGGAGGAGGGUGUUCAAAAAGAGGAAAGAGAGAAAUACCGAAGGUUAUUGGAGCGACUUAAAGAAGGUGGUCAUGGAAACUCUGUCCCUCCUGUAACUUCAAACCAUCAUAGUUCUCAAAGAAGUCAGAUGGACACAUUAAAGACCAGAGGCUGGGGGGAAGAGCAAAAUCACGGAGUCAGAACAACUCAGUUUGUUCCAAAACAAUAUAGAAUUGUUGAAACAAGGGGACCUCUGUGUUCAGUGAGAAGUGAAAAGAGGAGUUUAAAAGGGAAAAUUUUGGAUGUAGAGAAGACAAUUGGAGUCAGACUUGAAAAUGAAGGUAGGAGGGGACACCAACUGGAGCCUGACCUAUCUGAAGAAGUGUCAGCCCGACUUCGUCUGGGCAGUGGAAGCAAUGGUUUACUCAGAAGGAAAAUGUCAAUACUUGAGACAAAAGAAAAGAAUUGCCCAGGCAAAGAGAGGGAUAGAAGGACGGAUGAUCUUCUUGAACUUACAGAGGACAUGGAAAAAGAAAUCAGUAAUGCCCUAGGCCAUGGCCCCCAGGAUGAGAUCCUAAGUAGUGCUUUCAAAUUGCGAAUCACUCGCAGUGAUAUCCAGACCUUGAAGAAUUAUCACUGGCUCAAUGAUGAAGUCAUUAAUUUUUACAUGAAUCUUCUUGUGGAAAGAAAUAAAAAGCAAGGCUAUCCAGCACUUCAUGCAUUUAGUACUUUCUUCUAUCCUAAAUUAAGGUCUGGGGGUUACCAAGCAGUGAAAAGAUGGACCAAAGGGGUAAAUCUCUUUGAACAAGAGCUUAUUCUGGUGCCUAUUCAUCGGAAGGUACAUUGGAGCCUGGUGGUGAUAGACCUAAGAAAAAAGUGUCUUAAAUACCUGGAUUCUAUGGGACAAAAGGGCCACAGGAUCUGUGAGGUUCUCCUUCAGUAUUUACAAGAUGAAAGUAAGACCAAAAGAAAUAUAGAUCUGAAUCUUUUAGAGUGGACCCACUACAGCAUGAAGCCACAUGAGAUUCCUCAACAGUUGAAUGGGAGUGAUUGUGGAAUGUUUACUUGUAAAUAUGCAGAUUAUAUUUCUAGGGACAAACCUAUCACAUUUACUCAGCACCAGAUGCCUCUCUUCCGAAAGAAGAUGGUGUGGGAAAUCCUUCAUCAGCAGUUGCUGUGAGAAUGCCCUGCCUGUUCCCUCUGGCUGCUGAUGGUUCUUUCACAGACAGUUCCAUAUACCUCAUGCAUUGUGGGUUAAAAAGUCCCUGCAUCACCUCUGUUCUCUUACAGGUACUGAGCUGUCAAAAGUGCAUGAAGGCCUCUGACUGCACCCCAGUCCUGACUUUGGUGUGCAGAGGGCUGCUUGCAACCCUGUUUGUAAGGGCUGUGCCUGCUGAGAGCCCUGGACUAUUCAACCCACAUAAGAACAAAUGCUAAUUAUACUUAUUUUUGUUUUUGUUUUAAAUUUUUCCCUAUGAAUGUGGGAAGUUCAGGAUUUAUUCUAUGAAUUGUUUUUUCUGUGUGUUUGUUCUUGUGUAUUCAUUUGCUUACUCAUUUGCAAACAUAAAUGGGCAGUGGCCAUUUCCCCCUGGUCUUUUACAGAAACUUUAAAUUACUUGUUUGAACUAUUUAUUUCUGAAAGGAAUGUUAAUCAAGCUGCCAUUCCCUGCUGAAGAUCUGGAAGGUGAUCAGUGAUGAGAGGAAGGAAGUGUUCAUUAACUUCUCUAACGCUGGAGCAGCAAGUGCCAACUUGAAGCUGGAGGUGUCUUUUUUUUUUUUUUUUUUUUUUUUUUCCUGAGGCUUGAAAAUACCAAGAGAAAUGCUGUGGAAUAGGGCUCUGAGUGCCUUUCAGAGGAAGCCUGACACUACAGCUUUGGCAUGGUAUUGUGGAAAAGGGGGACUAUGGCCAAGAAGCUCUAGCUACCCGGUAUCUUCAGAAGAGUGUCUUGGUCAUCCUAAAGGGACUUCCCUUUCUGGAAAUGGAGGUUACAUGACUUACUCUUGAAACUGGAUUUGAAGUAACUGUAAACCCCAAAUCUUCAUUUUCAUCACAGAUCUGGUUGAGUGUAAACCUCAGAACUGUAAGAGCUGGCCUGAGCUGUUUGUUUCAAACGAUUCUAGUCAAGUUAAAACUAUUUUUCCUCAGAGUUCUUUUUUUCUAUAUAAAGUCGAAAUUAAGUUUUGUACUCAUUAGGAUUAACAUUCCCCCACUCCACCGUUCAUGGAAAUUUGUGGAUGAAGAUUUAAUACUUGGCUCUGAGGUUACCAGUUAUACAAUAUUCUAUUUUGCAUAUGAAAGUUUGUAUUUAACUUUUUCCUUCAUUAAAAUCCUUACAGAUGUGGUUAUGCAUUUUUAAUUUCAGAGAGUUUAGAGUUGUUCAGAACAUAUUUUGCAAGAUCUAGUGCCUAGUGUUGCUUUUCUGAUGUAAUAAAAGGAUGUCUGGCAGAACCUGAAAAGUAUAUGUUGAAAUGAUUUCUAACUCCUUUCCUACUUAAACCUCCCAAACAUGUUCUGGUAUGUAAAAGCAAGAGGUAAAACUAGACAAAUUUGGCUUGUGUUAACUAUAAAUCAAUGUGCCUGCUGUUUGAGGGCCUAGGCUGCUGAUCACAGAAGCACGCAUUGUAUCUCCAGCAACCAGUGUCUCUGAGACUUGCCCAAGUCUUUAUACAGGACCUGGGGCCCUGGAUGUGGAUUGCAACUGCUAUGCCUACUUGGUGGCCAAACUGGAGGCGACAUGAUUAGGUGAUGAUUGAAGAGCAAGCUGGUUGUGCUGGAUAUCUCUCAAGCCUAGGCUGCACGGGGAACCCUUCCUAUAUCCCCUGUUCCUUGCUCUGGUUUCCUGGGGGCUCCAGAGCUAUGCCAGUGAAUAGCGGCUGGCAUAGCCGAAAAGGCCAAAGAUUUACUGGAUCGGCAUUGUACUAAAAACCUGGUUCCUACUUGGCACCAGUAUGAUUCAUUUGAGAAUUUAGUGCCUUGAUUAAGAUUUGUGCCAAAUUGGGUAAAUCCUGUUAAGAAUGGCAGUUUGUGUUCUGCUUAAGUAAAUAAAGCUAGGGGUUAAUGUAGUAUUUGAAGGGCUUCUUAGGAUCAGCUUGCACUAAGCUUGCAAUUAAUAUGUACUCUUCACAGCAGCUCUUAAUAAUUUCCCAGGACCUUGAUGAAAUUGAUAAGAGCAGAGAGUUGAGAGUUCCUGAAUUUUAAUAGAUGAUACUUUAGGUCAUGCUUCUCUAUGCAUUGGGAUGUCUCCUUUGGUAUAAAGAAACUUGUUGGUAAUAGAAUUUUUAUAUUUAAAUAGUUUAUGAGAAAAGUGGUCAGGUUAUAAGAAUAACUAUUAAUUUUAUCAGUAGCAAAUUAUCAACAUUAAUACCAGUGUUUAUUUUUUUUUAUUUUUUAUUUUUUGUAGUAGUUUGGGGGUCUGAAAAAAGCUGCAGGGAUUCACUGUUCUUUUUUAGUAGGUAGUCUCUCCUAAAGAGUGAUAAAUGUAAAAAAAAAUACUGUUGGUGAGCAUCUUUCUCACCUUUGAUCCUGUGCCAGAACUGUAUGGGGGCGGGAGGGAAGCAGAUUUGGGGCAUAUGGGAGAGAGAUUUUGGGAAGCCCCAUAUUUUACCUCAGUUAUUAAGGCUGUUAGGACCUCUGAUCUUUUCCCUCCUUCUAAAUCCUAAGCACAACUUGGGAAACCCCAUGUAGAAUGAUGGAUGUUUGCCUGCCCUGUGAGGAGUCUCUUGGUUGGGACCAAGGUGGGGGUGAAGAGAAUGUCCUUGGAGAUAUAUUAAACUUCAGAAUAUAAAUAAAUAAGAAAUAUAGAAAAGUUUAAGUUUAUAAUAACCUUACAGUACUAUGAUGAAUCUGCCUUGUUUAAAUUGGCUUUUAACUAAUUGGGAACCUAAUCACUUUAUAACAGUUUCUUUGAAAAAAACUCCCAACACCCAAAAUUCAAACAAUCUUUCAUAUGUAACUCAUUUGUAAGUUGAGGAUCUAGCUGGCUGUAUUGCUUUGAUAAUUUUUUCUUUUAAUUAUACAAGGAAGGGAUUUGGAAAAGGCAUUGAUUUUUAUCUAUUUACCAAUAAAUUCAUCUCUUUAA